ACGAUCUACAGUCAACCUGCCGAUCAUGAUGAGGCUUUCGCAUAUCCUGAUUAUGACCUUUAAGAUUCGACCUACUACUCUGCCUACCUUACUAGUUUUCUUUUACUGCGCAACUUCAUGGCAAGGAUAAGAUGACCUCACCAUCAUACAUCAUCGUCGGCUCCGGAGUCUUCGGAGCCUCGACCUCGCUCUCCCUCAUCCGCAAGUACCCAUCCGCCAGCAUCAUCCUCAUCGAUCGCGAUGCUUUCUACGCCCCUUUCCGUGUCGCCGCAUCCUGGGACUGGAACAAGGCUGUCCGCGCUGACUAUAGGGACAUUCUGUACACCAAGCUCGGCCUGGAAGCGCAAUUGCUCUGGCGGACGGACCCGGUCUGGCAACCGUUCUACCACCAGAGUGGCGUGAUGUGGAUCUCGUCCACAGCGUUCACGGAGCAGGUGCUGAAGAACUUUGCUGAGUUGGGAGUUGAGGUUGAUAUACGCGCUUACUCUGUAGAGGAGGCCAGGGCUUUGUAUGGUGGGCUUUUUGAAGAUGCUGAUUACACUGGUGUUAAGCAGGUAUUGGUGAAUAGGACCAGUGGAUGGGCGGAGGCGAAGGAGGCGUUGCAGAAUACCAUUAAGACAGCUGUUGGCCUUGGAGUGAAGUACGUGACGGCUGAGGUCACAGCGCUUGAAUUCGAGGAUAGCCCAGGGAGGAAACGAUGUCACGGCGUCAAGACAGCUAUUGGGGAGUCCAUCGGUGCUGAUCGGGUGAUUCUUUGCACGGGAGCUUUCACUCCUAAAUUGUUGGUUGACAGUGCGCCGGAGUGGACGGAUCUUCACGUUGGCGAUCGGAUCAUUGCCGCCGCUGUCACCGAAGCCAUUGCCCCCCUGACCGCUGAGCAAUACCAUAUUCUAGACACGAUGCCCGUGGCAAUCAAUGACAAUCCCACAGAAUACGGAGAAAACCUCGGAUGUCUGCCGCUGCCCAAAAUCAACGCACUCAAGUAUUGGGGUCAAAUCAUCUUCCGAAAUACUCUUGAGCAUCACAUUACUCGCAAACCGUUAUCUAUGCCACCGCUUAAGUCGGACUAUGCGCAGUGGGACGUGCCGCUGGCGUUGAAAGAUGACGUUCGAAGGGGACCCGAGUCGAUGUUUGGGCGAAAGAAAGUUAAUCAAGAACUGGAGAAGUUCAGAAUCUGCUGGGAGGCUUUGACGCCAAGUCAAGACUUCAUUGUUUCUCCUCACUCUGCUUGCGAUGGGUUGUAUGUUGCAACUUGCGGCUCUUUCCACGGGUUUAAAUUCCUGCCCGUUCUUGGGAAGUACGUUGUUGAGAUGUUGUGUGGUGAGUUGGAGCCGAAACUGAGGGAGAGGUGGGCGUGGGAUCGAGAGUUACCUCCCACGAAGGUGAAUAGCAAAUGGCCGAAGAGAGAUUUGAUAGCAUUGUCCGAAUAAGGUUUGUCGUGAACGGCACCGGGGGAGGAGGGGUAAGUUAUCCAGUGAAGGAUUUGCACUUUCCUAAGCAUCUUCUGGUUUGAUUAAUAUUGGUAUAUUCAUUGGACUCUCGCAGUAAACAUCUUCACUUAAUUACGAG